AUGAUUCUCGAUUCUGUACUAGAGAAGGUUGCCACUUUCAAGGCCCUCUUUGUCCUCACGCCGCCGGCAGCUGUAGCCUUCUGGCUUCUAGGAGCCGCGUAUUCAUAUUACUUCCAUCCUUACGCUGAUAUUCCGGGCCCCUCCUGGGCCAAGGUAACACGGCUUUGGCUUGCCCGUCAAGUCUUCGCCGGCGACCUUGACAAGACACAGAGGGAUCUACACGAGAAAUAUGGGCCGAUCGUGCGCAUUGCCCCUAAUGAAGUCUCCAUUUCCGAUCCUGCUGCCCUCAAGACCAUCUAUUCUGUAAACGCAGGCUUCACCAAGACGGAUUUUUAUACGCCCUUCGCACCACACCUGUCGCCCAACGAGGACCUCUUUACUCAACGGGACGAAAAGAUUCAUGCCCAACGCCGGAGAUUCGUCAAUAACCUGUAUUCACUCAGCAGUAUUCUUCAAUCUGAGAAAUACAUCGACGCAUGUAGCAAUGUAUUCACUGCUCGGUUAGACGAGUUCGCGGCCUCCGGUGCAAGCUUUGAUCUCGGCUUAUGGCUUCAGAUGUACGCGUUUGACGUCGUUGGCGAACUCUUCUUCGGUCAGCAGUUUGGCUUCAUGGAGAAGAGCUAUGACUACGGAGGCUACAUCGAGUCUUUGGAUACCCUGCUACCAGCCGUCGCCGUUUCUUGCGUCCUGCCAUCCUACGUACGCCCUCUGAAGGUGCUGGGCCAUCUCUUCCCACCCAUGCACAGGGCAUUGAAGGGUUACGACGACAUAGUGAUUGCCGCCAAGGCUACCGUGGCUUCCCGUCAGAAGUUGAUGGAGGCAAACAAAGUAGAGAGGUCCGAUCUUUUGGAUAAACUGUUCAAGAUCAUGAAUGAAAAGGACGACUUCGCCAUCUGUGAUAUUGCUACUGAGACUUGGGUUUCGCUCUUCGCCGGUUCCGACACGACAGCCAUUGCGAUGCGCUCGAUAAUGUACAACAUCAUGAGAAAUCGUGAUAUCUACGACAAGGUCACUGCUGAGAUUGAUCAGGCUACGGUGGAAGGGAAGCUUGGUAAUCCAAUCACGUAUGCUGACGCCAUCAAACUUCCCUACUUCGUUGCCUGUUGCAAAGAGGGUUUUCGUGUCUAUCCCAGUGUCGGUAUGUCGAUGCCUCGACAUGUCCCCGCGAAUGGCGUCACGAUCUCCGGUCGGUUCUUCCCCGAAGGGAGUCGAGUCGGUAUGAGUGGCGCUGUCCUGCAUUACGACAAGUCAAUCUUUGGAGAGGACGCAGAUGUGUAUAAUCCCGAAAGGUGGUUCCGGCCGGGUACUGAAGUGAUGGAGCGCCACAUGUUACACUUUGGCGCCGGACCGCGCACGUGUGUGGGUAAGAAUAUUUCACUUGCUGAGAUUCAUAAGCUUCUCCCUCACAUCCUCCGCCGAUAUACCUUUGAGCUCGUUGAACCAGAAAAGGAAAUUAAGACGUUGAAUUAUUGGUUCAACAAGCAAAUGGGGAUUAAUGUCCGAGUCACCCGGCGAACUGCAUAA